AGGUGGAACAGAGAGAUGUGCCUGGCAUCGAUUGCGCCUACUUGGCGAUGGACACUGAAGAGGGCGUCGAGGUCGUGUGGAACGAGGUGCAGUUCUCGGAGAGGAAGAAUUUCAAGAGCCAAGAGGAGAAGAUCCAGCUGAUUUUCCAAAAUCUCACGCAACUCGAACACCCGAACAUCGUCAAAUUCCACAGAUAUUGGACUGAUACGCAUAACGACAAACCACGGGUAAUAUUCAUCACAGAAUACAUGUCAUCGGGUUCCCUGAAGCAAUUCCUAAAGAGGACGAAACGAAACGUCAAGAGACUGCCAAUACAAGCCUGGAGGAGAUGGUGUACUCAGAUCCUCUCAGCCCUCAGUUACUUGCAUUCCUGUUCGCCACCAAUCAUCCACGGAAAUCUGACCUGCGAUACCAUUUUUAUACAGCACAAUGGCCUCGUCAAGAUAGGAUCAGUGGCUCCUGAUUCGAUAAAUCAUCAUGUUAAAACCUGCCAGGACAAUUUCAAAAAUAUGCAUUUCGUCGCUCCAGAACAUCCCAGCACCAUGGGCCCCCCCGUCGACGUCUACUCCUUCGGCAUGUGCGCCCUAGAGAUGGCCGCCCUGGAAAUAGUCGGCAACGGCGACAGCGGUGCCAAAGUGAGCGAGGAGAACGUGCGCAAGACGAUCGACUCGCUGGAGGACGCGGAGCAGCGCGACCUCAUCGCCAGGUGUCUGGCCCAAAGGGCGGAAGACAGGCCCACGGCGAAGGAGCUGCUCUUCCAUCCGCUGCUCUUCGAGGUGCACGGGUUGAGGCUGUUGGCCGCCCAUUCGCUCAUCAAGAAGUCGGCCAAUAUUUCGGAAACGAUAACGGACGAACUGAUGCAAAGGUGGUACGGUCCUGACGUCAUCGUCGCCGAGGUGAACUGGAGGAGUGGCGAAAAGAUCCAGAUGAAGAUGGCCGACGUCGCCGUCAACGAAAAGUUGGAAAAAUUCGUCGAAGAUGUCAAAAAUGGCAUUUACCCACUAACGGCCUUCGGGGCCAACAAACCACCUUCUGCUCGAUCGAGAGCGAUAUCUCCGGAAAUGGCGGAGUCUGUCAAAUCUGUCACGCCGGAGCCCACCGAUAUAGAACCUAGGAAAAUAAUCAAUAUGAUGUGUGAUGUCAAAUCCAAAGAAGAAAGCUGUGAUUUAUUGUUGACUAUUGUACUACGAAUGGAUGAUAAGAUGAAUAGGCAGUUAACUAGUUGUAUUUCUCCAGGGGACAACCCGCAGUUGUUAGCAGAAGAAUUAGUGCAUUACGGUUUUAUCAAUGAAAUUGACCGAGAAAAGAUAGCCAACCUGAUCGAGGACUCCCUGCAGAACAUCUCCACGACCACGUCGGGCGACAGCAGUCCCACCCACUCCCCCCACUCCCACCACCACCACCACCCGCACGCCUUCCCCGCCUACCAGGUGCUGGCGCCCGUGCCGCUAGUAGCCGCCCCCGCGCCUGCGCAACAAGUCGUUCCCGUCACGCUGCCCCCCGCCACCGCCAAUCAAGUGCCGAUGCAUUCGACCAGUUAG